UGUGCCUGAAGACUACCGAUGCGGGAAGGCCCUGGGGCCGGUGGAGUCUCUUCAGGAGCAUCCUCAAGACUCAUCGAAAAUCCUCAUUGGAUACAGCAGAGGCCUGAUGGUCCUGUGGGACAGAAGCUCAAGAGAAGUCCAUCAUCUUUUCUUGGGCAACCAGCAACUGGAAAGCGUCAGCUGGGAGCGGAGCGGCCGGACGCUGGUCAGUUCUCACAGCGACGGGGGCUACGCCUUGUGGUCGAUGGCAAACGGUUCGGCCAAGACUCUGCAACCCACCACUUCCACCGUCCCUUAUGGUCCUUUCCCGUGCAAAGCCAUCACCAAAGUCCUGUGGCAGAACUGCGACUCGGG